CGGAAGAUUCAACCCACCCUGUCAGGUUCAGUCCCUCGGAGUAAUGAAUGUGUGUUUAUGUUUGUUACUUUUGUCUGCUUUGGUCGCUGACAUUACCAUUGAUUUCGAGAUAUUUUACGUUUUAAUGCAAGCGUUUAUUAUGAAUGUGUUUUUUUUGUCGAAGAACCUGCCUCGCGCACACUAUGACUGUGCUUCAAAACCUAGUGAGCCACCUACCUAGACAGCAUUUUUGGACAUCACAGGCGCGUUCCGAGUCUUCUGAUCGCUGCACGAGACUAUGAUCCUCAUAUUGCUGUCUAGCUAGGUUUUUAAACACGGGUUUGAAACAUCUCUGAGUAAUACUUGGGAUUUCAAUAGUAAAUAUUGGAAGAGUCACUUUAACAGCAAGUGUUAAAAAUGCCUUUCCUUCACUGCUUAUACAGUGUUCUUAUUCGUGUAAAUCCAAAUGUUUAAGGUGAAACUUGGUUCCUAAUGCAGUUCUAACUUGUGUUGAAACUUCUGCGUUUGGACAAACAUGUGCUGACCUCUUGAUUUUACAGUAAACAGAUAAGGCAAACAACUUAAAGCACAGAUUGAGACAUGGGUGAGACCGCUGGCAGAGAGCACGGGAUUGUUACAAGAUCUGCUGAGUAUAUUGGGUCAUUUCCUGUAGAUGACAGAUGUUUGGAUGAUCAAAUUCAGCAGCUGCACUCUCAGCUAAAGUCCCUAAACAAUUGCAGGAGCAAGCGUGCAGUUUCCUUAAAAUUCUCUGUCAAAGGAGUCAAAGUGUAUGAUGAAGAUGAAACGACGCUUCUCAUGGCUCAUGCCAUGUAUCGAGUCUCGCUGUCCACCGCCCGUCCAUCUGAUGCACAGUUUGCCUUUGUCUCUCAUAAUCCCGGGGGUUCUGAUGCCCAGCUCUACUGCCACCUCUUCAGAGCCAGACAUGCCCGAGCUGCCCAGUUCCUGAAUCUACUGCUUUGCCGUUGUUUCCAACUGUAUUUUCUGGAGAAGCACCCAGAGGAAGCCCAGAAGGAGUGUUCUGAGAAGACACCCUCUCGAACCCUAUCUCUGCUUCAUCAGGGUUUCCCUCUCAGUGUUAGCGCCUUGGUGUCCUUCAGAAGGGCACCAACUCAAGGCCUCCUGCCAGGGGAAAAGGUUCUCUCCGAGCCAAAUACGGAGCUUGUUAGCAGUCCUGAGGAGGGUCCCACUUCCUCUCCCACUAUAGUUCGUAAAAUGGCGAUCCGGACCAAAAAGCUGCGCUCUGGAGCGUACCGCUCUUUUACCUUUACUCCCCUCAAACAGCACCAUCUGCAGGAUAAAUUGAGUGCUCCACAAGAAAAGGCUCCAGAAAGUGCAAAAGCAUGCAGGACUCGAGCACCCAGUUUGGCAGAAGAAGCUCUGGCUCAAGCUGUAUGGUGCUGGGCUGGCGUGUCUAGUGAUUGUACCGCCAUGCUACUGGCAGAUGAUGUCCUUGGUGCCUUUCUGCUGUGUCCCCAUCCCAAAAAGCCUGAUCACGGGUCUCUUAUAGUUCACUUUCCAUCAGGUCUGGCAACCUAUGCUAUAAAGAAUUCCAAAGGGAAAUUCCUCCUUGAGAAAUGCCACAAUAAGUUUGAAAGCCUAGCUGCUCUGAUUGAGCACUACACUGAGUUCAGUGAAGAGCUGGAAUGUUCUCUGAGUAACGCCCGUGUCAACCACUGCUAUGAUUGGGAGGAAAUUGUAAACAAGAGCUCACAUUCACAACAGGACAGCAAGAAAGGCACAUUAAAAAACCAAAGUUGGGUAUGAAUCCUGUCUUUCCCCCAAUGUGGUUACUACCAAUUUUCUUUUUUUUUUUAAAUGUAACUUUUUUAUUAUUUAAAUUUUUAAAGAUUCAAUAGCUGCUGGCAUUGGUAAGGCUUCCUAACCAGGAUCUUCAGAUACUGGCACCCUUUUUUUAUAUAGACACUUGUUUUGCCUGUUGGCAAUAACCUCAAUUAACUUAAACUCACCUUAUGCACUUCAGUUUUGUCUUUUUUUUUUUUUUUUUUUGGAAAGAAGCACAUAUUGGGAUUAUCAUGUUAAUGGCAUUUUUAGUUUUUUUUUAUGUAUACUUUACAAGUUUAGCAAAGGCACUGACUAUAUCUUUUGUAUGUACUCUGUCGUAACUUGUAUUUUCUUGAAAUAAUUUGUCUUCUCUGUGCGCCUAUAUGGGAGCUGUAUAUAUUGGUUUUGUGGGUUGUAUAUAUUGGUCUUUUGGGGUUGUUUUUGUUUUUUUCCACCAGUUGAAAGAACUUUGGUUAAGCCUCAAAUUCUAAAAAUGUUCACUUUCCAGUUCAUUGAUUUUGUCAUUGACUGACUUUGCUACCUUAAUGUUUUCUCCUUCUUAAAUGCAUUUUGUCUCUCUUGAAUACACUUAUUGCCUUUGCACCAAUGUAAAUUAUUUGUCUUGCCUCUUUGCAUAAACAUUUUUUUUACAGUCA